AUGCGAUCAUUGUCACGAUCCCAGUUGAUGUUAUUGCUGAACAAGUCAGAUAUCCUUUAUCCUCAGUUGGUUCUGAGGUUUCUGGAUAAAGGAUAUCUGACCUGUAAUUUACAGAAAUAUAAAUCUGCAGCCGUUAACUAUCAUUUAAAUGUGAAGAGUGUAACUCCAAUCACACUGACUCCCACAUUAUUGGAGAGGAUGAAGAAUAACAUGAUGAUUAUAGAGGUCUGGAAUAAAAUGAUCAACACAGGACAGGAGAAGCUCCUUGGCCUUGUGAAGCUCCCUCUCCAUCAGUUUUACAUAUCUUUUCGGGAUCCCAAGAUUUCACAAUUACUGCUCCAAGCUCAAUAUCCUGUGGUUGCUGUGGACAGCUACAUGCCAAUGAUGGAUGUUUUCACAGGCAGCCAAAAGGGCAACCUUCGUGUUUUACUAGCAAUGGGAGAAGCAGACCAAAUAGCAGCACUUCAGAAAUUGAAAAAUGAUGAGGGAAUGUCACUUGCUGAUUUCCAGCAGAUACCUCAUUUUCUGGAUCAAGUGCUUUCAGUUCCUUCAAAGUUGGACAGAAGGGAGACAAAACGACUGAUUGAACAUAUAUUUGAAAUAAAUGUGGUGCAGCUUAAAGGAUUGACUCCUUUGCAAUCCACUGUUUGGGGAGAAGCAGACUGCUAUAUACAAUAUUAUUUCCCAACUCAAGAUGUAAAUACCAUAACUGAGAGAGUACCAUUUGGAAAUGACAUCAUGUUGAAGCCUUUUCGCACAGCAACCACUUUAUGUGUACCAGAUCCUCUCUUCAAUGACUGCCAAAACCACUCUCUUCUCAUCCCACCAGACCUUCCAGUUCAGAGGACACUGCUGAGCACUUGUUCAAAACAAAUGUUUGGAGAAGGUGGUGGCAUUCAAUUUGAGGUUUGGUGUAGGUACUAUUACCCUAAUGUUAGAGACCAGCUUGUUGCCAGGGGUGUCCUCCCUUUAUCAAAGCUGUGUGCUAUGGUAACUAUGCAACAUCACAAGGAAGUUGGAGUUCAGAUAUUUAGCAUUCCCCUAUUGCCUAGAACAGAAAAUGCUGAAGGACAUCCUCUGCGUUCCACCGGCUUAUUGGAUGUUAGUAUAAAAUACAGAUGUUCAGUGCAAACAACUCAGGAUGCCAAGGAAGGUAUCAUAGCAUCUCAUGCUGUAUCCCUUUCAUUAAAGCUGCUCCGGGCUUCAGGGCUACAAGCUGCAGCAAGGGCUGCAGCAGAAAGGAACCACUCAUUGAAAUACCAAGCUGAAAUUGGUGUGAAUACUUAUAUUACAAUUCAUAUUUCCUUUCUGCUGGAAAAUGAAAGGCGACGUACAAAUGUUGUUGCCCGUACAUUCUGCCCAGAAUUUGAUCAUUCCUCUGAAUUUCUGUGCAACCUUGUAAUCCAGAGAUCCACAGGAGAGAGUUUCAGUUUGGCUGAACUGCUAGAGUCAUCAGAAGCCGUGUUUACCAUCUACCAUCAGUCUGUUACAAUCGCUAAACAAAGCACAUUUGAUAUUGGUUCAUCAAGGGAUGUUGAAUUGGGAUCUGUACGGAUUCCACUGGCAGGCUUGCUCACCAGACGGACAGGCAUCUCUGGUUGGUAUGCAGUGAGUCUUCCAGAGGUUAUCACUUCUGCUCAGUCUUGUGGAGUUCUACAGAACUUGGGUGGUGGGCUCGAGAUUUCAAUCCACUUCACACAUCCCAAUGAUAGAGAGCGUGUCAUAAAGGCUGCAGAGGCAUUGGACUGGCAGUGUGGAACAAAUGAGGAAAAAGUUAAAGAGUGGCAAUCCGCAGAAAGUAGCGUAUCAAUAACACUAACUGUGUCACGGAUAUGGCUCCCAUUGCACUGUGUAACGCUGCCUGGACAAGAACAUCUGGACAAAUCCACUUUCUGUUACCUUCGGUAUAAACUGUAUGAUAGAGAGCAUGCUUGCACAUCACUUCAAAAGCCAGUCCUGACUAUUAACAAAAGUUAUGUUACAGUGAACUUUGAUGAGGUGAAGACUGUAUAUCUGAAAAGAACCCAAUCAUUGAUCUGGUACCUAAAUGAAGAAAGACUAGAAGUGCAAGUAUGGGUGGCAUAUGGAAACAACAAGACUCUGAGACCUCAUGAUACUGAUCGGUUAAUUGGAUAUUCAUUCAUAGAUCUGUCAACCCUGGCAGAGAAAUCUUCAAGAAAGCUUACAGUUAGUGGCAUUUAUCCACUGUUUAAGCGAGGUGCUUCUGACCUAUCAGGUGCUGCUGUAAGGUUCCAUGUCACACUAGUACCAAAUGAUCCACUACUAUCUGAUGAUGGUACUUAUCAGAGAAUAAGCUUUGCAGAGAAUGACCAUGAUUAUGAACAUAGUACUGAAGAAGAUGAACCACUCAUUAAUGAAAAAGAGCAAACAUCAGAAGCGUGCAUUGAUAAAGAAACAUCCACAGGUUCUAAUAUUGAAUGCAAGAAAAUGGCUAAUGAAAUUUCUGAGAUGGAAUUAGCUAACACAUUUGCAGUGAAUGUUGUAGUGGAGAGAGCAAUGCAUAUAAGUUUGAAAGGCUGUCCUUUGACAGAGCAAACUGGUGUCAAACCUAGUUGCUAUGUGUCAUAUGCUACACCAGUCAGUCCCACUCCUAUAACAACUCAUCUGAUAGAAAAUGCAUACAGUCCUGUUUGGGACCACCAACAGCAAACAAGGCUGGCCAAACAAUUGUUACUGGACCCACAGCAAACUCUAGUUUUUAAAGUGUGGCAUAAAGCAGAUAUUGAUCGGGUUAUAGGGUUUGCAUCUGUGGAUCUAUCUGCUUUAUUAUCUGGAUUUCUAUGUAUAUGUGGCUGGUACAAUAUCAUUGACUUUAGUGGUCAGUGCCAAGGACAACUUAAAGUAGCAAUCACCCCUUUGGAAAAUAUCCAUCAUCUGAGAGGGGAAAGAUGGACCCAAACACACAAACUAAAAGCAGGUUCCACUCCUACCCUUGAAUCAUUAUAUAAGACCAGUGGCACAUACAACUCUUUCCCCAGUCACAUCUCCAAAUAUUCAGAACAGCUUAUCACAUCUCUGAAUUCUGAUGCUUUGUCAGCAAGUGACAGUAGAUCAGUCAACACAGAUGUCCAAACUUCCCGCCAUGAGGAACACAUGAAAAAUGUACGUAGGUUUCAUCAGUACUUGCAGCAAAUGGAAAAUAGCAUGCAUAGUGCUGGGUAUUCAGAAUCACUAUCACAAACUUCACGGACUUCACUCUUUAGUGCUUUAAGGAGGAAUCUCAGCGAGCUGGAUGAUAUUCAACGAUACUUCAGUGAGAAGCUGUCUACGUCCCCAUGUUCCCGCAUGAUUAACCCAGCCCCACAGCGAAGAACAAAUGAGAAUCAAAUGAAUGAUUGCAAUAGACCUUCACAGUCCGGUGGUGAAAUCUUGGAAAAGUCACGUAAACUGGUUGCGGAAUCUUUUCAUUUAAUGAAUGGUCUGCAAGACAGAAAUAAAGCUGAUGUCACUAUUCCAGUGCAGUCUUCUCAAGAUACAGAAGAAGAUUGGGAGAAAAUAGCUGAAAAUGAACCACAACAAUUAGAAAAUGAAAGCAACGAAACUAAGAAUAAAGUGUUCCUAUAUCUGCAAUCACCAGAGAGAGCAACUCAUUUCUGUGCUCAAGGAAGUCCAGAAUUGAGAAAAAAUGAAAUAGAUGAAUAUAGUGAUCAAGAUCAUAGAAGUUCCCAGAACAACAGUCCUACAGUAGAAACUGAAACCCACCAAAAUGAUUAUGGUUGUGAAGGGUGUAGUGAAGAAGGAUAUGAGGAAGAUGUGAUACAACCAAGAACCUUGAAUGACGUGACUGUUAUGACUGACAGGACGAGCCCUUGGUCAAGUAUUUUCUCAGAUUUACAAGAAGAUUAUAAGCAUGAGUGUGAAGGUAAAAAAGAGACCCAGAAGCCAAUAGGAAAUGCAAGUCUGGCUGCAGAAGUACAAGUAAAUCCCAUCCAUAUACAUGAUGAGCUGUUUAUUGAGAGAUUGCAAAAUGAGAGUUGUAAGCCACCCAGCAAUAUGGAAGCUGGUGAGUCCUCACCACAUACAGAAAGAUCACCAUCAAUAAGUGAAGGAACAGGUUUUGAUUUGCCAGAUAGAAAUGUAAUUCUCCAAAGUGAACAAUUCAUACGUACAGAAUUACUGGAAAUACAGACCUCUGAUGACCAGGACUAUAUUUCCUCAAACCCUGACAAAGCAGAAGAGCUAGUGCAAGAAAAUGAAAAUCUUACAGAACAUGACAGUUUUCAUAGUAGAGCAUUUUUGGUCACAGAUAGGAAGGAAAGAGGCCUAAAAGUAAAAAAUAUUCUUGAAGAAUAUCACCACGCCAAUAGCUUUGGUGAGGUUGGAAAUGAAAACCAAGAGUCCUUUAAAAGACAGAACCAUGAAGAUUCACAGUUCUCUAAAGCUGGUGGGGAAUGUGUUCCGACGAUACAUGAAGAGAGUGCAAAUAAAGAUUCAACAGAUGAUACACAUUCAGUCAGUUUACCUGAUCCAGUUGUAAUUCCAAACUUUUUCCUCCCACCAAGUCAUUUAGAAGCUUCAAUGAGGGUGCUCAAUGUUGCACAAUCAUUCCAAACAGCUGCAGCAGAUCCAAAUAAAGUUUCAAGUCUGAACAGAACCAGUUCUCGGCGCAGCAGUCGUCAGAAACCAAGAUUAAUGCCAUCAGAACUACCUAAAGAAGAAACGGAAAGAAUUGCUAAGAUUUUUGCAGGGCACUUUACAGAAGAUAGCUGAAAAAAGUAUUUCAGAUAAUACAAUUUUAGAGUUGGUAACAUAAUUCACGUCUGGAAUUGAAGAUGUCCACGUAAAUUGCCCCUGACUUUCAAUGCUGCAUUUAGAGCUACUUGCUUUUUGCUAAUGAGACCUGAACAAUAAAUGAAAUAAAGUUUAUUACCAAUGAUACCAAUUUGCCUCUGGAAGGGAAACACAAACAUAGUUAUCAUGUUUUAUUGCAUAUCAGUUCAGCCUAUUUGGUCCGCAAGUUCUGCUUUCUUAUGAAUUAUAGUGCACAGAAAUUCUACUUCAAAUGGAAGUACAAGCUUUGAAUUUCCAUCUUCCUCAUUACCAAUGGAAAUUUAUCUUCCUUCUCCCACAGCAUCAUAAGUGAUGUGCUAAGCAGCCUAGAACAGAUGACGUUGGGGCAGUGUUAAGCAUACGGCACAGAUCAGCAAGACAGUACCUUUUUUACACUCCCUACUUUGUAAAACAUUGAAAUAAUAAAGCUACGGCACUUAUUUCAACGCAGUGUUUUCAUUGCCCACUUGUAAGAAUUUUCAAUCAUUUAGUUCCAGUACAUAUGAUCCAUUUGAGUAGCUCAAAUUACAUAAGCAAUCUCUUCCAAAUCUUUACAAUGAGAUUUUUACCUUAGCUGUACAGGAUUCUGGUGCUUGCACUGGGAAAAAUCUUACUCAUGAAUUCACGGAAGUACCUAAGUAACUGGACCACGUACACUGAAUGUGUGAACCUGAACACUUGGAAUAAUAGAAAAGUGGACAGGGGUAUCAUUACAUUAAAAUAAAUGAACUUAUGGUAUUAGUCUGUUGUCCAUUUUGGGGGAAAAAAAAACUAUUGAACAGAUUGCUUGUUUCAGGAUGAGCUGGUAGAGAUCAGCAAUGGGUAGUUGUUCUAUUCCUCUUCACAAUAUAAUUGUUGCAGUUCUAGGUGCAUUCUCCGAACUGCUGUUUACUUUGCAAAAAGACUAUUGUGCAGGAACAAAUGAACCAGGUCUUAAAUGGGUGUUACUUUCUUCAAACCUCUAAUCCAGUUUGGUUGUCUAUUUGAGGAAUACUUUUUUUUUUACAUUGUUAUAUUGGGCCAUAUAUUAAGGGAAAGCCAUGGUCCCCUGGGGUGUAUUCACAAAAGCAGCUAUUGUCUCCUUUCCUGUGCUUCAGUUUUGACAUCAAUAUACAAUGUCAAUCUGCAAUGUACUUGUUUGGUCUUUACUGUACAGGAAAGAGGAAGAUGACUCAGUACCUUUCAGGUGUACACUUGGUAACAUCGUUUUGUAGUGCCAAUGAGAAGCAAAUUGGACCACUAUUAAUAAGUUAUUAUUAGUAAUAAUAUUAUAGUAUUGUAAAAUAGGAGCAGGAAUAGGCCAUUCAGCUCCUUAAGGCUGCCCUGCCAUUCAAUAAGGUAAUGAUGGUUCUGCCCAGGCCUCAACCCCUCUUUCAUGCUUCAUAGGCUUCAACUCCCUGAAAUUUCAAAAAUAUAUCUAUCUCUUUAAGUACUUUGUGACGUAGCCUGCACAAUUCUCUGGGAUAGAGAAUUCUAGACAUUCUGUACUUUCUGGGAGAAGAAAUUACUUGGCAUCUCAGUUUUAAAUGAGGCCCCUUAUUCUGUAACUAUGUUCCUUAGCUUGAGGUUAACCCAUUAGUGGAAGCAUCUUCUUAAUAUAUUAAGGUUCUUGCGAAGAUUUGUAGCUCGGAUUGUGGGUGAGGUUGUUGAUUUGCUCGCCGAGCUGGUUGGUUAUAGUUCAGACGUUUCGUCACCAUGCUAGGUAACAUCAUCAGUGCAGCCUCCAAUGAAGCAAUGUUGUUCUACUCCACUUAUAAUUUAUAUGAUCUGGUCUGUUGAGGUGUUUUGUGUCAUUUCUGGUUCUUUUUUGCAAGGAUUUGUAUAUGGGAUCUAAUUCCACAUGUUUAUUGAUAGCAUUAUGUGUGGAGAACCAGGCUUCUAGGAUAUAUACAAACCCUUACAAAAAAGAACCGGAAAUGACACAAAACACCAACAGACCGGAUCAUAUAAAUACUAAGCGGAGAAGAACUACAUCGCUUCAUUGGAGGCUGUACUGAUGAUGUUGCCUAGCGGGGUGAUGAAACGUCUGACUACAACCAGCCAGCUCGGCGAGCAAGUCAACAACCUCAUCUUCUUAACAUCUUCCCUGUCAAGCCUCCUAAAAUCACCCCUCAUUCUUCUAAACUCUAAUGAAUAACCUGUUUAACCAUAAGUAAAUCCCUUCAUUCAGAAAUCAGUCUGCUGAAUCUCUGUUGAACUGCCUCCAGUUGCAAAAUAUUCUUUUUGAAAUACAGGGACCACAGCUGUAUGCAGUACUCCUAAGUGCAGCCACGCCAACACCCUGUACAGUUGGAAUGAGACUUCCCCAUUUUUAAGCUCCAACCCUAUCACAUAAGGCCAAAAUUCCACUUGCCUGCUUAAUUACUUGCUGUACCUGUGUGCCAACAUUUUGUGUUUCAUGUACAAUAACACCCAGAGCACUCUGUGCUGCACAUUUUUGGAAUCUGUCUCAGUUUAAAUUAGUCUUUUUUUUAUUUUUCCUGACAAAGUGCAUGACCUCACACUUCCCUACAUUAAACUCCAUCUGCUGAGAUUUUACCCUCUUGAUCUACCUAACUACAUCCCCUACAGAUUUCUAAUAUCCUCAUCAUAAAAUACCUUCCUAACUAUUAGUGUCAGCAAAUUUGGGUACAUCACACUCAGCUUUAUGUUCUUUAAAUAAGGUCUGAUUAUGUGCUGUUUAAAAGUACAGAAUGUCAAAUUCAUAGGGCAGUUAUGUGCAUACUUCUAUGUAAAUGAAUGAGAGAGCUUCAUUUAGUUGGCAUUGUUUUAAUCUAUUUGUAUUUGUAUGAACUUAAAUCUUGUAUAGUAAGCUGUUAAAUUUUAACAUUCUUUUGUGUCAGUCAGAAUUACGUCUUUGGUUUUUCAGAAAUAUUGCAGUAUAAUAAAUUAUUUUUCAAUGUGGUAUUUUUUGUUUUCUUUGACACACAGUUGUCUGAUUUACUGAAACCAUUUGAAACAUUCUGUUGAUCUGAUUGACUUUCAUUAGGAAUAGGAACCUGCUCGAUCACUCAGCUACAUCAUAGCUAAUCUUCUACUGUCAGUGCUGUUUUCCCACACUAUUCUCAAAUUGUUUGAUGUUUUCAAAAUCUAGAAAAUCAUUGAUCUCUGUUUUGAACAUAAUGAUUAAGCCAUGUAGCCCCUUGGGGCUAGAUAAUUCCAAAGAUUCACCACCCUCUGAGUGAAGAAAUUCCUCCUGAUCUCAGACCUAAAUGGCUUGCCUCUUAUCUUGAGACAGUGCCCCUUGGUUCUAGAUCCUGUGCCCAGGGAAAUGCUUUCAUCAAUCUACUCUGUCAGAUGUACAAGAGCUUUGUGUAUUUCAAUGAGAUAAUGUUUCAAUGCGAUAAUUUUCCAUUCUUCCAAACUCAAUUGGACUUUAUAUCACAAAAGAUACUCUAAAAUAACAGGUAUGCUUAAUAUAGUAAUUAGCACUGUUGAUAAAUUUUUACAUUAUUGUACAUAGUGGAUAUCUUUAUACAUGGAAACACUGUAUCUUUGUAUAGUUUAUACAAGUUGAUGUCAAUUUAUCAGUUUCUAAAAUAAAUGAUUAAUUAAUCUCA